AGCUUGAACUGCGGUUAGUUAGUUCCUUAUUUCUUGUUCUCAAAUGUUUGGUCACACUUAAAGUCCGAGCAUUUGAGGGGACGAGGAGAACCGGAUGAGACGAUGGAAACGUUAAAGGUUUUCCUGCUGGCCUCAGUUCUUGGUGUUGCUGUUGCUUCAUCACAGACAGACGAUGAAGAUUAUUGGGGUUUUUAUUAUCCCGAUUUUUAUGAAUUCAAUGGCACAAACACAUCUGGCAGUAACUACAACUAUGUGUCCUCUUCAGCCGCCAAACAUUCACCACAGAGAGGAGCUGUUGUCACUAAAUACAGCCUCUGCCUGCUUCCUGUAAUCUUAAAUUUGUGUCUGAAAGACUGAAAAUAAUGAUAAUAAAGAAGAAAAACAGACCAUUUAUUCUGACUUUUUCUGUUAACUAUAAUCCUGCUGAAAAGGUGUUAAAUAAGAUAAACAAAUAGUGUUAAAAUGAACCAAAUAAUGUAAUUUCUGCUCCAUUAUGCAACAAUGUAAUAAACUUUAAAUAAGCAAUGUGGUCUAAAACAUUCUGGGUCCUUUGACAUUUAUUGUGUAUUUGUUUUUCUUUGUGUAUUUUGGCGGAAAUGUAAAUUAUUUAAAAUCUGUUUUCUCUACGUCUUCACACUCUAAACAUGGUUUUUAAGCUAAAAACACAUUUUUGGUGCCAGUGUCUCCUCUUAAAACUGCAUGUUUUUUGAAAACACUAAUAUUGAACAAUUAUUUGUGACUAGUUUUUGAAUCUGUUCAAUAUUUCUCACAUUUUAUGCUAUUCGGUUUCUAUAAUUACUUUUCUCAUUCCCUUGUUUUGGAGUCACUUCAAAAUGUCACAUUUUAUUGGUGACUAAAUGAUUUUUUGUUAUUUUGUGAAACAUCGAUUUGCAUACGGGAUGUUUAAUUUCUGAACCAUUUCUUACAACUUGGUCAAAAAUAACUUUUGAAAUAAGGCUGUGAAAUAUCUGGAGACAUUUAAUCGUGAAAACUGCAAAGACGUCAGUGAUAUUAUUUUGUCAGCCCACAUUUUGUUGAUGCUUCUAUUUUUACGAUGUUUGUAGCCCAGGUUGCAAUGCCAACUGUGAUUCAUCAAACUGUGCAGCUCAACUUUGAACGACUUUUAGGACGUUUGGAAAGUUUGUGAGAAAGUGAAGACAUGAAGGAGAAGUUGAGGGUAGUUAAUAAUUAAAGCUUAAAACUUCCUUCCUUUUGCAUUUAAAACCUCUUGAUGGAAGUUUGAGAGGCAGAAAUGAAUAUUCAACAUGCACACCAGUCAGUCUGGGCGUUAUGACUGGAUGAACUUCAGGCCUGGUGCUGCAGAAACAUUCAGCAUCUCUACACAGCCGCUUAAGUCCUCUUCGUUUCGGCUGUUUUGCAGGUUUCUGAAAUAACUUCAGUUUGUUUCUGUUCAGCUGGAGAAAGUUAUGGCACCCUCAUGCAUUAAUCUUUUCUAAGUUUCUACUAAAUUAGCUCAUAGUUACCUGGUGACACUGUGAUGUAGAGCUGUGUAUCAUCUGCGUAACGACGGUACGCGGCAAAAACACAAAGCCUUACCAAGUAUUUUUCAUUUGAUUUCAGGUGAAACAUUUUUGUUACACUUGAAAUAAGGAAAACUAACUUACUAUUAACUUAUUGGUAAGAUAUAGGAACUUAUUCUGGUUCUGCUCUGCAUCCCAGGAACCAGAACCAAACAGCAUUCAACUUCUAUGCACCAAAACUCUGGAACAAACUUACAGAAAACCGCAAAACCAUCAAAACACUGAGUUUCUUUGAAUCUAGACUAAAAACCCAGCUGUUUAGAGCAGCUUUUGAGCCCUAAGAAAUGAAACCAACACUCUGAUGUGUAAUGACGACUUUUGGCUAAAGUAAUUCUUCAAUUGUUGAUGACUUUGUAUUUUUGUGUUUUUAUGAUGUAAAGAAGUUUUAACCUCCUUGUUGCUGAAAGACGCUAUACACACAAACUUGAUUGAUUGCUUUAAGCCAAUUAUUCCUUAAUAUAGAUGAAAACGUAUCAACUCCACUGGCAGAUUAUUGAAAAAAUGUCUUAUAAAAGUGAAUAAAAUAUGUCAGCAGAACCACUUUUUGCUUCAGUAAUUAUUGUCUGACAACAAACUCCUAAAUCUUGAUUAAAACUUACUCGUAAGUUAGUUUUGGUUUAUUUCAAGUGAUCUAGAAACUUGACUGAAAUACUUGGUAACUUGCUAAGUAUUUAUACUUACCUUGUUAUUUGUUGUAAUCUGAGCCACUGUGUAGAUAUUAAAUAGGAAGGGCCCGAAGGUGAAACCUUGUGGUACACCGGAUGUAAUUUUUGGCCGCUCCAUCCCUCUUCUUUAGGUAAGACACUGUUUUACAACACAUUCCAAGUUAUUUCUAAAUUUAAUUUCUUGCAAUUACACCUCUGUCAUAUGAAAAAUGUUUUUUUUUAUUGUUAAACCUUCCAGUGUUUCAGAUUUCUAUACCUUCACCUCUGCAUACAACACAGGAUGGAUCUGGACUUCCAGACUCUUCUGACCAGGUUUCAUGGUUUCACUCCUUUAUCGUCUGAUUUUAGUGAACCUGGACAUAUUGUGACCUCAGUGAAAGUUUCCUGCACUUAUCUGGGUGCUUUUUCCUCAUCCCAUUCAAUUUUCCUGUGACAUCAGCAAGACCUUUCAAUUCACAAACUUGACUUUUUCUCUAUUUCAGACGUGGAGAGAUGGCACGGAUGGUGAAAACCCAAAAUAAAUUGACAGUUUCUGUUUUACUCAGACCAACCGGGCCGCCUUCAAAAUGACUCAAAUCCCCAUUUCUCCCCUUUCUGAUGCUCAGUUUAACCUUCAGCAUGUGACCUUUACUACGUCUAGUUGUAUUUUGGCUGGUAUUUAAGGAGGUGAAAGUGGCUGGAGAGCUGAAGAAACCUGCACAGUUAAUGUUUAUCUGUGUGUUAAAGGUUGGAAGCAGCUUGAAAAGGGUUGACACCUGCGUUAGUGAGGCAGAAGCAGCGAGAAAGCAGAGCUACUGUUGCAUCCUGUGGGGGGACGUGGCGCUCGCUCGCUCGCUCUGCGGCUGAUGACUCAGUUCCUGAAAACUGAGCGAUACCAAGAGUGAUUUACAGAAAGACGCCCAACGAGUGUGGCACAUAGAAAAAGAUGAUUCAGAGUGAUGUUUGUUUUUUUUAAAGAAAUAUAGGUGGAAAAUAGAGGGGAUAAGGGGAAGGUUAAAAUGGAAAGAAAAAUACAAAGAGCAACAGAUUUCACGCACAUAAAGUUGUGUUUUUAUUAGAUUUUCUCUCUUUUCUGUAGAUAUUUACUAAAUUCUUGGUGAAAAAUAAUAAAAACGUCCAAAAAUAAUCCACAUUUCAUCCACGUUUCCUCGUCACGACAAAAAAACUUUCUGAAAUCAGGCCUCGGAGCCCGCCGGUCAAAUUUGAAUUCUUCAAACCGCAAAGUUUAACACACACAACAGAGAAACUCUGCGAGGCUAAACAGGGCGAGGGCGAGUAAAACGGGUGAGAAGAGAGGAUGGGGGAGGGCGGGAGAAACAGAGAGAGAAAGGAAGAGAGACGCUUUCAGAGCUGCAGGUCUAAAAGUCGAGGACUGAGGAACGGCGCAGAGGAAGGAGCUUAAAAGAAAAAGGAACAAAAUAACUCGAAUAAAAGGGAAACUGCUGCUGCUUCGCUGAUGAUCACAGCUUUUUGUUGUAAAAAGAAAAACCAAUCAAGUGUGGGAGACGGUUUGAAUCAAGAUGAUGAAGCUGUUGUCUCAGCUCUGCUUCCUGGCUCUAGCUACUUCUGCUGUUUCAAAAAGACUAAAUACGACGAUACCUCCUGUAGCUCCAGUUCCAGCAUCUUCCGCUCCCACACAACUAAAUGACACGAAAACGGCCAUGGAUGUUAAGGAAAAUGCCACGGAUUAUUUUAAUGCUUCGACAUCUGAGAUGGACUUUAAUGGAACUAUGGACAAGACGAACAACGCAUCAGCAUCAACUCCGUCACCCCCAGCGCCUCAGAGCCCAACCUCACCACCAGUAACCACGCCAGAAGAAGAAAGCAGUGAAGGGUCGACCUCUGCAGCGACUACAGCGUCCGCAGCAGUGGCUCCAGGCCGUUCAUCUUGGGCUUACAUCCUGCUGGUGUUGAUAAUCAUCGUGAUCAUCGCUCUGUGUGUCAUCCUCUACAUGCUCCGCAGGGCGUCCAGGACGUACUCGUUUGACCUCCAGCGCCCUCCGGCCUCCAGCGGUCCGUACGAACCAACUGGCACCUUUGGUCAGGUCUACCUGGAUGACCUCGACCAACCGGCUAACAAAGAUGUGAUCUCGGAUGAUCUGUCCCCCACACCGGUACCCAACGGCACCGGCCCACAACCGGAGGAGAACGCAGACGGGGAAGAGAACGCUCUUCAGGAUCCACCAGAAGCAAACAACCCGCAGAGAUCUUCGUCCUCCUCCUCCUCCUCCUCCAGCAGCAGCUCGUUAUCGGGAGGCGACCAGGCAGAGACGAAAUCCAACCAGAUGAGCAGCAACAACUUGUUCUUCGAUGCAGUCGAGGAGACGCAGCCGCAGCAACAGAACGGAAACAACAACAAUCCAUCCGUUUGCUCCACCGACCCAUUUGUGGAAAUAAACCUUGACGAUCCGGCCUGGUCCGAUCAGCUCCUAACUUCUCCGCCGACCUCCUCGGUCCUCCCCUUCUCUUCUUUCUCCUUCUCCUCUUCCUCCUCCUCCUCUUCAUAGCACCAAACAUUCCCACAGAAGCAGAGACUGAACGUCCUUCCCACCAGAAUCAGCAGAAGGUCUUUAAAAGUUUCUCUCUCUUUUCGUCAAAAUGCCUCCCUGCUUACUUGAAACGACAACAAGCUAAACACGAAGCUAACCCAAAGUCAGCUUGAACUGUGUUGAUGAUGAAAUGUUAUUUUUUCUCAAGUGGUUUUAUCCUUUUUUUUUUUUACAGACAAUUAAAAAAAAUCUAGAAAAACUGCAACUUGCAACAUCUGAUGCCGUCGAAUCAAACUCUGUUUUAGUUUAGCGUUUCUAACAGUCAUGAGUUUUUAUGGCUUUCCGUUUACACAUUAUCGUUUCUCAAACUAAAUAAAC